GUGCUCACAGGACCGUUGCCACCUCGAAUUAAAGGAUGGCAUCUCGUCAUUCCAAAUUCAAAAAUGGCCGAUUUCUAUUCUUCUUCCUUUUGAGCUUUACUCCAGCUUAUGCUCCAUCUCUGUCUCCCUUCGGAUUCGUUGCCUCACCUUUGUACACGAUCUCAUGGAUGAUGAGAUCAUCUUAGAAAGCCUAGGCUCCCUCUGGUUCUUCUCCAAUAUCCUCUCACCAUCUUCUCCCAUUACUUGCAUCAAUGCAAAGAAUACCCAUGACUCUCAUCCCAGUGACCCUCGAAAGCCAAAACAACCGGGACCAACUACUCAAAUCCUUCAGUCCCACCAACUUAAAUCUCCAGACAUCUGUGUCCAAGCUGUAGGGAAAGGCGCAGGAUCGGGCGAGCAAGCAACAAAACCAGAGAAUCAUGAAGCAUCCAAAUAUCCGAAAGAGUCCUUCAUGGAGCAGAGGAAGAAAAAGAGCAACCGAGAACAGGGUAUGAAGAAAUUACACAGGUUUAAGGAGGAGUUCACGGUUUUGGGUUUGAGCUUUGGCGAAUUGGGGCCAGAUGGUAGAAGACCAUUCUAUACAUCUUGGAAGCAGCAAAGAAUGGCGAGGUCGUAUGGGCUGAGGCAGCCAUUUCGUUGUCACAAUAUGCCCCCACUGAGUGAUGGUUUGGCCAUGAAGGAGCACCUUAAAUCAUGGGCUCAUGCUGUUGCAUGCACCGUCAGAUAACUGGGUCUGGAAUGCUACUUACUGCCAUCCAGCAUUUUCUUUCUCUAUCCGGGUAGAAAUCUUUAAUAGAUUCGUUCCAGUUUGUUACAUUCAAUCUAGAUAUUGAUCCAUCAUUGUUGUUUUUAUUAGCCGUCCCUGCCGUCCCUCUCGCUGGUUUGCCGAUGUUAUUGCUUCCCUCUCUUUUCAUUCAUAGGGUGAAACCGUGAUAAUAUAAAGGAAUGCCUUUUGCCAAUUCAUAAGCGAGUUCUCAAGCUUAGAUGCAAUACAGAAUGACAGCACAAAGACCUCAUCUUAGAUGCUGCAAUCUUUAUCUUUAUCUUUAUUUUACUUUAUUUUUUGUUUUGUGGGAAGGAUUAGGCACAAGGUGCCUAAACAAAUUCAUUUAGGCAAUUAAGAAAAACAAAAAAGAUGCUGCAAUAUUUUAAAAAGUACUUUUUUAUUUUUUCAUUACAUCAAUAUUAGGAGGGAGGGAGGGAGGGAGGGAGGGAGAGAGAGAGAGGAAUUUUCACUUACUACAUGUGAAAGUGAGGAGAAUGAUCUGCAAGGAGUCCUCUCCAACAUUCAGAAUAUUAUGCAA